UCCACUCAAGCACCCACCCCAACCUUGGUUCCUAGUUCCUACACGGGGUGUCUCGAACCUUCUCACACCAAGAAAACCCUCUCCGCUCUCCGGCGAGCUCGCCUCAGUUCUCCACCCUCCAAAGCAUAAGCAGGGCACUUGGACAUCCACACUCCUCCCCUCCACGGCUCCACCCUACUAGGCUGGGGCGUGAAGUCAGUAAAGAUCCAUUCGCGCACUCCCACAGAUUUGUUCUUCUCGUAAUGACAUUAGUGGAUGUUAUUGACUUGGAAUAUGAUGAGUGGUAUGUCAAAGUAGAUGUUAUUGAUUUGAGCACUGAUGAAGAUAGUGUUAAAAAAUAUGGCAAUUUUGAAGAAGAAGAUGACGAUGAUAAUGUUCCUCGGUCUGAAAAUCUAGCUGAAGCUGCAACAUCCUCGCCAAUUUCAGAACAAGGUGUUGCUGCUACAGCAUCCUUAUCACUGGUAGAUCAUGGUUCUGCCAUGUCCUCCUUAAUGACAGAUAAGUCUAUGCAGCCUGAAAAUCAGGAUUUUCUUGCAACAAGUGAUGUCUCAAAAGAAGCUACGCAUUCUGGGAAUCACGAGCUUAUAGCAGGCGAUUGUGUGGGCAAAGCUAUGCAGUCUGAACAUGAAGCUGGCAUAUUCUCGCCAAUGACAGAACAAGCUGCUGCCACGUCCUUGUUAUUGACAAAACAAGGUGCCAUCAUAUCGUCAUUAAAGAUAGACAAGUCCAUUCUGUCUGGGAAUCAGGUGUUUGCUGCAGCACUUGAUUAUGCAGAAGAUGAUGGUAAUGUUCCUCAGUCUGAAAAUCUAGGUGAAGCUGCAACAUCCUCGCCAAUUUCAGAACAAGACACUACUGCUUCAGCAUCCCAAGGAAAUACUACAAUGAAUGACAAGGUUUGCAACAGUGGUUCAAAUGGAUGCACAAUUCAAGGCUGUACAAAUAGUGAACAUGGAGGCACACAUCUAUGCAUAAUCCAUAAUUCAAGGCCGCACAUAAGAUGCUGUGCAGUCAUUGAGUGCACCAAGGUAGCGCGUAAGGGCAGUCAAGGCCGCACAGACCGUUGUAUUAAGCAUGGGGGCGGCAAGAGGUGUAAGUAUGAUCGUUGUGGGAAAGGUGCCAAAGGGAAGACAGAUUAUUGCAUUGCGCAUGGCGGGGGAAGGCGAUGCAAGUUUCAAGGAUGCAAGAAGCAUGCACAAGGGCCAAGGGAUUAUUGUCUGGAACAUGGUGGCGGCAGACGCAAGUAUCUAGGAUGUAGCGCAGGCACAUGUGGGGAAGAUCUCUGCUCUAUGCACAUAACAAGUUUGUUGAGUGGUAAUAAUUCUGACCAUAAAAUGAUGCCAGCACCACCAGCACCCGCAUGUCAGGCCAAGAUGGUAGAACCAUCCAAAAGAAGAAACUCUCACUCAGUGAUUGGAGGGGGAUCUCAGAAAAGGCAGAACACCAAUGAUUAUGUUAACACUUCUGUUGAGACUGGAGAGCAAAAGGUCAGAGUUUUUCUUUUUCAGAACGAUAUGCUGAAAGCACAGCAAACAACUCGCAGGUUGAAUCCGAGAGUGACCUCUGCAGCAGGAUCUCCAUCGCGCAGCUAGCUACGACUUCUCCGACUGCGGUCUAUAAGAGUUGACAGAGGAGGUCUACACUGCACUUGAUCACAAUUCAUUUAUUUUGUGGUAAGUUUGUUGUCAAGAUGGCAUCAGACAACUCUCGUCUGUGGUUUAACUGAAUACUAGUAGUGAUUAUGGUCAGAGCUCUGGAGAUAUGAGCUAGAAACAAGCUCUGAAUUCUGAACUAGGACAUGUCUGGACUGAAGAUAUUUUUACGUAAGGUAGAAAAAUCCUCUGGGCUAGGCAAUGUUUUUCUGCUCGAUCCCAUUCCCGUGGGGAUGAACUGGCUGCUUGUUUGGAAGGAAAUAUGGACUGAUAUAUUUUGAGUUCAA